GAGCUCUUUCCCUGGCUCGCUUCCACUGCCAUAACAAUGGCAUGUGGAAUUACACAAUUGUGCUCAUCGGGGGGAAAAUCCCAGGGACACGCUAUUUAAGGAGUCAGUGCAAUGCGGUCUCUCUCACCCUCUCUCACUCACUCUCACUCUGGACACCUCACACUGUCACAGACCGGCAGAGCAAGCAAACCAACUGUGGAAGCAUGGCAAGCGGCAAUGUGCCUCUCCUGGCAGCUCUCUGCUUCCUCGUGAUCCUCACCACCUUUGUCGGCAGCACACAGUCAGCGAACUGCUGCCUGAGGUACACCAGGCGUCCGUUGCCUUGCAAGUGGCUGCUGGGAUACACCAUCCAGACCAUCAACACUUCCUGUGACAUCAGCGCCAUUGUCUUCCACGUUCCGGGGAGGUUUGUGUGUGCCAACCCUUCAAAGCAAUGGACCCGGAGAGGGAUGAAGUGUGUUGAUGAAAUGAGGAGGAAGAACGCUCAGAUCAACAAGGAGAGAACCACUGCCACAUCAGUAUAAACUCAUUGCAUCGAUUAAUAUCUGCAGCACGUAACUCUUCUUUUUACUCAUUCUUGCACCCGAGAACCUAAUUUGAUACUGGAAAAAUACUGGUAAUAUUGGUGCCGUUGUUCACACAAGUUUUUAAAUUAUUGUAACGGGAUCUAUCGUCUCGAUCUAUCUAUCUUUGUGUUACAUUGUCUAAUUUUUGUUCUGUUUUAUGAACAGGAAGGAAUAGUAUUUUUAAUACCUACCGUAUGGUAAGCUGUAAGCUGUAGCUAAAGUGCAUCACAACAAAAAAGAAUGAAAACAUUGUUUUUGAGGUAUCGCAACAUUUUUUCUGUUAGAGAAGUAGAGUAUGAAACACUGUAUUCCCAAAAAUGUGAGAAGUUUUGAUUGUAUUUGAUGUUUGCCAAAGAAUUUAUCAAAACAGAGAUUUUUAAUAA